CAUCUAGUUCGCCAGAGCAGCGUGAAUCGAGUUGGAACGGAAUGUCGACGGUAAAAACCAGUAACGGAAACAACAUCGUACCACGCGGUUGUUCUAUGAAUUUGCCGCAUCGAUCGGUGAAUGUUAUUGCCUCACGUCAGUGGUCUUGGCUAGUUGUGCAUUCCAAAAAAAAAACACAAUUUCUCACGGAAUUUUUGAAAGUCACGUGAAAAAUUUAUUUUUCACUAUUUUUGACAUGCUCGCAACAUACUAAACCAUAUUUUCUCGUACGCUCAAGCGACGGCGCCGUGGGAAAGCGGGAAUUUUGUAGUGAAUCCUCUGCAAUUCCUCUGAAUCCCAUCCGUCACAAAAUUUUGCACAAAACUGAAGAAAAAUCGAUUUUAAACAAUGGCAGAGAAAAAGAAAGGCAAGAAAGCGCGAAAGCGGAAAGAGAAGAUUGUGGAUGAGUAUCAGCUUCGCAGGGAUUUGAGAGAACAAGCGAGAAUGGCGGAAUCCGCGGAUGUGAUGGAAAAGAAUUCAGAACCCACGCGGGAAGAAUCGCAACGAGUUGAAGAUAUAAGAAUAGGUGGUAUAGAAGGAGGCGGCACGCGUUCCACGCUUGUGAUACUCGACGGAAAAGGCGCGCAGUUAACAGAAGUCAAAGGACCGAACACCAAUCAUUGGGUAAUCGGAAUGGACGAAACUGCCGCCAGACUCAGUGCAAUGAUCGAAAGGGGUAAACAACAGCUAAAUAUAUCGGAAUCAAUUCCUUUAGAUUGCGUCGGACUAAGCUUAAGCGGCUGCGAAGAGGAAAACACUAAUCGUCAACUGGUAGAUACUCUGCUAAAAAAGUAUCCAAAUUCGGCCAAAGAUUACGUUGUCAGUUCUGACACUCUUGGAAGCUUAAAAACUGCUUCGGGGUCCGGUGGAAUCGUACUGAUCGCCGGCACGGGCAGCAAUGCUCUGUUGAUUAAUCCUGAUGGAAAGAUCCACACCUGCGGAGGAUGGGGGCACAUAAUGGGAGACGAAGGAGGAGCUUAUUGGAUCGCUCAUCGCGCUUGCAAAUACGUAUUCGACGAUAUUGACGAUUUGGUGAAAGCGCCGGAAUCCACAAGCUACGUGUGGCCGGCAAUGAAAAAUUACUUCGGCGUGACCGACAGAAAUGGCAUACUACCGUAUAUCUAUGCUAACUUCGACAAGACCUUUAUCGCCGAUUUCACCAGAGAAAUCUCGACGGGUUGCGAAAGAGGUGAUCCGUUGUGUUUGAAGCUUUUCGAGGAAGCUGGACAAAUCCUGGCAAAGCACAUCAACGCUCUCGCGAAAAAAGCGCACAACGAUCUGAAACUAGUUCGCGGCGGCUUGAAGAUAAUCUGCGUCGGAUCCGUGUGGAAAUCGUGGGAGUUCAUGAAGAAUGGUUUCGUGGGUGAGAUUCGCAAUAAACGUCUCGUGGAUGAAUUGAGUCUGUUGAGUUUAACGACAACGUCGGCGUUGGGCGCUUGCUAUAUGGCUGCGGAGAAGAUUAAUUGCUCGUUUGUGAAACCGUACGACAGCAAUGUCGAGAUCUUUUUCCACUAUAAACGCGAUCACUAUCCGGAAACACGAGAAACAGAAACGAGAAGUUAUACCGUGGUAUACGACAGUACUUGCGAUAAAAAUACGUGACAAUAUAUGAAUCAAAUAUGAACAAAAUAUAAGAAAUUGUUGAAGUUGCAUUUAGCGUCUUGAAAUAACAUAAAAAAACAUUUCAUCUAUACAAAUAUUUAUGAGUAUUUCGAACGACAAUCAAAAGAAGAUUCAAGAUCUCGAUUGGCCAUCGUAAAGAUCGAACAUCACUUUUGUAUAUAAAUUACUAAAGUAUAACAAACACAUUUUACAUGUAUAAUAUACCAUAGCAUAUAUCACAAUGUAUAUAAUUGUUGUAAAAGUCACAUCACGCUUGUGCGUAUAUUUUACCACGAGUAAAUUGUUUGCGAGAAACUGGAAUCAGUGCAAUAAAAUCUUUUUGAACGAGCAAUUGAAGAGUACGUACCCAGAUAGCCAAAUGUGAAAACUCAAUAUAAAGCAAAUCAUUUGUAUAGAUUAAGUUGCUCGCCA